GUCCGUGACGUCAGCGGGGUCGGGUCCAAUGAGCGUCGGGGGGCGGGGCGGCGGUUUGAAGAUGGCGGCCGCGCCCGCCGCCUACUGGAGCCGGGACGUUUCUGACGAGGAACAGUCAUUGGCUUACGUUCCAGGCGUUUCUGCAGAAGACAACACCACAACGAGACACCCAGCGAGGAAUCACAAAACUGAUGUCAAGUUGAAGGCCGACUCGUCUGUUGCUCUGGCCUCCAUGGAUGCCUUCAAAGGUGCAGGAGACCCAGCACAUCAACAGGCUGUUCAUGACGGAGGAAUAAAGAGUGCAUCACUGAAGGAUUUAUGUCCCGAGGACAAGAGACGUAUUGCAAACUUAAUUAAAGAGCUUGCUAGGGUGAGUGAGGAAAAGGAAGUGACAGAAGAACGACUAAAAGCCGAACAAGAAUCAUUUGAGAAGAAGAUCAGACAGCUGGAGGAACAGAACGAACUGAUCAUCAAAGAAAGGGAAGCCCUUCAGCAGCAGUACAGGGAGUGCCAGGAACUGCUGAGCCUUUAUCAGAAAUAUCUGUCGGAGCAGCAAGAGAAGCUCACUCUGUCCCUCUCCGAACUUAGCGCGGCCAGAUUGAAGGAGCAACAGGUGCUGAACCAAAACCCUCACCAAUCUCUGCCUCUAGGACUGGAUGGUUCUUACCUGAGUGUAGCAAGGGCACAGAUCCAUUUCCCAGCUUCCCACAGGCCAAAUGCAGGGCCCCCCAAUUCUGCUUCAGGAUCCCUUCAACCCUGCCGAAAUGACCAUUCUCUCAGGGCAGCGACUGUGUGUAGUCCCCACGAGAGCCUGGAUGGGGGUCUGGCAGAGUGCCGUUCCUCUGGGAAGUGUAACCGCCAACCUUCGCCCGCCAAGCCAGCGGCUACCCCCGUGGGCCAGAGGAUGAACGGAUCUCUGGAACCGUGUUCUCCUCCUGUCGAUCAGUCCCGGGGGCGGAGUCGUCCCCAGGAUGCAGAGCGGGUGCCAGGUAUGCAGCAGGCAGGGCAUGUAGCCAAGGGGCAUUCCAGGAGGCAUGACAAAUUGUGCAAUUACUGUGUGUUUGCCCGGGCGUCUGUCCCGGAUGGCUGCGUGGUCCCGGAACCCAGAGGAGACGAUGAUCGGAGGGGGCUCUCGGAAGAAAAAAGGCAGCAACUUCUGCUUCAGAAAAUGGAACUGGAGGUGGAAAAGGAGCGUCUGCAGCAUCUGUUGGCUCAGCAGGAAACCCAGCUUCUCCUGAAACAGCAGCAGCUCCACCAGUCCAGGUUGGAUUACAACAGGUUUAGAGGCCAAGCUGCAUUUAAUUCAGAAGAAUUGGUCAUUGAUGAAGCGCCGGUUAAACCAGGAGAGCCACGGCUGGUGAUAAAUGGCAGUGGUGGGCGACAAAGCUCAGCCAAGUCCAAAUGGGAUGGCCUUCCUGGGACUCCACUGCCCAGCAAAGGUGGCAAAGCAGCAAACACCAACAACAGGAGCAGUGCGGGAGAGAAAGCAGUUGGGUUUCGGUCAUGUGCAGAAGAUGAUGCCCUCUGGGGAUGUCGGAGAAAGGAUACUUGCAGCUCCAGAAAAGGUGUAGCUUCAGGGUCUAGAAAAGAUGUGUCCACCUCUCCUGGGCUGACCGGCAGCUGGAAGGAGCUUGUAAACACCGCCACAUCGCCUAUCCAACGUGACACUCUACGGUACGAGGCAUCGCUCUUGGAUUUGGUUCAAGCCCUGAGCCCCAUCUCUGCACCCAAAACCCAGCUGCCUUCCUCUGGGUACCUGCACAGCCGGACCCUGAACCCCGGCCCCUCCCGAGCCCAUCACCAGCAUCCCUGCUGGGGUCUGGCGGGCUGGCGCAGUCCAGCUGAGGAGUUGGAAGAGAGCCGGAUCCUGGAAGACAUCUUCUUUAUCUGAUGCUGACCAGUGGGCUACAAGAUUUCUACAGGGUUUGGGCUUGGAAUUCCUGUCUCGGCUGUGGGUUUGUUUCAUGAAUCAUUGGCAAUGACUGAACAAGGAACUGGGCCCCCUCCCCAAGUCCCUCGCUCGGCAGUGGACCUUCUGUGCCACCUGCAGUGUCCUCAUAGCCCGAGUCCAGUCUGUAGGGGAAAGGUUAGCAAGAGCCUUUCGAGUGCCACAGAGUGAUUUUUAAGCGAACAGAAGACAUUUUUUCCUCUGCCUCCCAGAGCCAAUGGGAGUCACCCUAUAUCCAGUCCCAUGUCUCAAGUCGGUUUCAUUCUGGGCCUUUGCUGGGUUACCGUUUCCGGAGGGCCGUCUCAAAAGGUGUGAGGAGCUCUCACUGAGGUUUAAAGAUCAUUUCGCUCUAAACAGUAGAUUCUCUGUCAGUUAGGGACUUCCACAGUACAAGCUCUUGAACCUACCCAGAGCAAUGCUUUCCCCUGUGACUCUUCUCCACGUUGUAGUGCCAUUUGAGGCUGGGGCUUUUGGGGCUACCUGCCUCCCCUCAACUCCUCAGUGGGGGCAGCUCAGCUUAGCCUCACCAGAUUGACACACACUGAUUGGAAGGUGAUGGUGGUGGUAGCCAAGGUAGUGGCGGUGGUGAUGGCGGACGCAGCACCAAGGAAACCUAGUUCUUGCCCUCUGAACUAGGCAGGAGAGACCAAUAAUGUCACAGGGAAAGGAGCUUUCAGGGCCCUUCCAUCUGGGCCCAUCCAAGAUCUUCCUCCACAGACUUGCACUAAUUUGAGAGCACUGCCUUGCUGUCCUGUCAGGAAGACCACUCUAAUUAUUUCCAAUAGCAGCCCGGAACACACAUUUCCCCUUUCAGCCUUCAAUUAUUCAUGCCGAAUCUAUUUCCGUCCCUCCACACGCUCUCCCGUCGGCUGCAAGCCCUUGUUGUUUCGGGAAGCCUGCCAAACGGGGAAAAACGGCAGCAGAUGGCCGUGGGCCGGGGUCAUCGUCUGUCCCAGGGUGCAGCGCUCCAGAGGGUUGAGCCCGGUGGUCUCCUCUGUCACUCAUCCCCAAGAAGUGUGGGCCUGAAAUAGGCCUUCAGAAGAAGGGAGAGGGACGGGGCCAGGCGUGGACCCUGCCGGGGGCUCAUUCUGGACCGCCAAGCCAACCCUGUGCUGCAGCCUCUCCCCGACGCCAGGGACCGGUCAUGUUUUCGGACCGGGUGGUCCCCUGGGCUAGUUCGAACCUCCUCUUCUGUCAGGCUGAAAGCCUCUCCCCCUCACUGGAAUGUAGCCAGGCCUAAUGGGUUCCAAGAGGGAGUUGAGCGACGGAGGUUGCCCUCCCAGGGUAGAUCGCGGAUCGAGCAAGGGCCUGUGAUCCUGAGAACCAGGUGUAAGAUCUAUUCCUCAUCACCCUCAGUGCCAACCACCUGUCCCCAGGUGUAACCCCACUCACCAAUUAUCUGGGUCCCCACCCACCUGUCCCCAGGUGUAACAUCUCUUCCUUCUAAAACUCAGGCCAACUACCAGUCCCCAGCUAUAACAUCUGUCCCUCAUUAUCAUCUGCCCCAACUACCAGUCGCAGUUGGAAAUACUCUUUCUGGGAGUCCCAUCUUCCAGUGUGGAUCUUCUAUUCUGAGCUCCUCCAGCCCCCUGCCUGCUGCUACCACCUCCCAAGCCUGGGGGAGUAAGUCAGUGUGGCCACUUCAAUCCAGACUCUUCCCUUACCCCACUCUAGGGGCCUCAGGGUCGGAUCCUCUUCCCCAGAGCAGGCCAACCUGCAGCCUUCCGGGGUGCCCAUCUUGGGGACUCCAGGCAGAAUCAUUCCAUGGAGAACAUCUGGGACCUGCAGGAGCACCUGAGAUGUCCUGGCUUUCGCUUCUCUUGGGGCCCAGCCAGGAGAGCCACAGGCUUUUUCCAGGCUGCUCUGCAGCCCGGUGCUCUCAGUGAUUUGCAUCUAAUUAGCUCCCUGAGGCAGCUGACCUUGUCACCCUGCUGCCUCAGCUCAAUCGUUUACCCGAGAGCCGGGCUGGCUGUGAACCCAUGGACUUGGGAGAGGAGGGUAAACAACGACAGUACAGGAGGCCCAAAGAAGCCUCUGCUUUCACAUUCCCCAUUUCUGGACUUAGGGGCCCAUCUCUUGCCAGAGAUGGACUGAAUUCUCCAACGAAAGCCCUCCUUCCAUGAUUGAGUGUUCCAAGUUUGGCCCGAGGUAGGAUAGAGGGCACAGCGUGAAUGUGAUCAGCAGCUAGCGUGACUCAUACUGAUGCUGAAGCCCCUCGCUCAGGACCCAGGCAGUGCUCCCCUCCCAUGGUGCUUCAGGCUUUGGGGAGUGGAGAUGGUCAGUUCCUGCCUCAUUCCCCACACGUGACCUCAUGUCUCCCAGGCCAGGUCUGGGGUGGGCUUGGGACCUGGCCCUGCAUCUGGCCAUGGGGACCACCUCUGGGAGCCAGAAGGGCUUGUCCUCUGCCAUGGGAGAGCCCCAAUUCGCCCACCAUACAGGGAGUAAGAUGGAAGAUUUGCUGCAGUUCACAGAAAAAAAGGUAUCGCUGAGCAAACCAAGGCGAAUUCAUGGAGUGUUCUCAUCUCUGGCUCAGAAGGAGUCCAACUUAGCUCGCAAAAUUCUUGGUGGUGUUCAGACGGGGCCUGAAGGCUUUGUGGUCCCUUUUUAGGGGUCUCAGUUGGGCAAGAGGGCUGGGCCGGGGUAGGCUGUCCUCACUUCAGAUGGCACAGGCUCUUGUUCAUCAGGUUGCAUUUCUUGAAACCAUUAUACAGAAAUAACCUACUGGGUCCCUGGCUUUUGGCAUUGCUGGGGGAAGCUCCCUCUCACAGAUGUUUGUCCUGCAGCUUCCAUUCUGCCCAGGAAUCUGAUUCUGCCCAGUGGCAAUCCAUCCCAGAAGCAGCCCGUGCCAUCCCCUUUGUUUCUUCCUCUGCUGGGUCUGGGAGCUGCAGAGAAUAGCACUGUCCUCGGAGGUCCCAGCAGUGGGGGAUGUGGUCCCCCCAGCCAGACUCCUUCACAUACCCACAGGACCCCACUGGUGAAAGAUGUCUAAGGGCAGAAUUAGAAAUAGGGAGAUGUGGAUAAACCCUGUCUGACUCCCACGUACCCUGCCUCCUGGCUAUUCUCUCUCCACUGUGACUUCAUCCCCUUGCCUCAAGACGCUCCGGAAAGGACAUUCCAAAAGCGCCAAAAUAUUUCCAAGGUGCCUUCCUCAUCACUUCCAAGCGACCCCAGCAGCAUGCUGGUGGAUCCUGGGGUCCCAUUCCGUUCCAGGGUUUGACACGGGGAGUGCCCCAGCUGGACCACUAGAAGUGUAAGGGGGUCAGUGUACAUUUUACUCUGUUCUGUAGUCAUAACUGUAUUUAAAGGGGACUGAACUGACACCAUUCAAGGGUUCCAGGGACUUAAGAGAAACACAUCCCUUUCCUCUUUACACCCCCACCCCCAGUCACUCUUUUUGCGCACCCCACUGAAUCAGAGGGCUUGAAGGCUGCGGGUUCUUCUCGCAUGGCGAGCCCCCCGGACUCCAUGUUAGAACACCACAUCAUUUCCAAUCCAAAGCACUGUAGAAUAUCAUCAGUCCCAAAAUGGAGGCACAGGAGUGAAUUUCCAGCUACUUCAAACCCUUAAUGUGAAAAUCCCCAAAUUAAAGGAUGGAAACCACAAGUCUGGCAGGGUCCUUCCUAGGGGGCACCUCUCUUUUUCUCUCUGCCUCUCUGAAAAUAUUCCCCAGUGGAGUUGCCAUCUCUGGGGACUGCCCUAGGCCAUUGAGCCCUUGGAGUUCCAACCCAUGGGAGCAGCCAUUGUGUUCACUUCCAUCUCACCUGGCCCCUGAGAGCUUCAGAGGAGGACUGGAAAAAACAAAACAAAUGGAGGUUUCUGGCCCUUUGCUCUUUGUUGCCUGCUGUACUCCUCUCAGGACUCACCUUACUUCCUCACCCAUAAAAGGUCUGCUGCUCUGUACUUCCCUUUCCAGCCCACUCUGUGCCCUCCCCUCCACCCCCUGUCCAGAUAACCCCAGAUGAGAAGCCUGGAAGCCCAGUGUGGAGAGAGGAUGAGGAGGAGAACUGUCCCGAGCCUCUGGUGUAUGUUCGUCUGCAGGGUAUCCGUAACCUUCUCUUGCUCAGCCUGUGAACUCCAGAGCGGGGAACUGGUCCGAGCUUCCUUUGGUCUUGACCACUCAGAUCCCUGCAUGGUGUCUUAAACAUGGGGGUGCAUUUAUAUCUGUGUGAGAUUUUUAAGUUAAUAAAUUAUCUGUGUGAUUUCUGCUGUGG